UGUUAAUGUACAGAGUUCUGAAACUUGGUGGAGCAGGCGCACUGUCUAGACGUGCAAUUAGCCCUGUUGAGCCAUUGAAGUUACCAAGUGCCGACAAUUUAACACCACCGCACCUGGUCCUUCAGUACUCAUUCUCGUUAACCACGUCGCCGUCACGGCAGCACCACACACUCCCAACCCCGAUCAACUGCCCCCGCCAACCGCUUAUAAACCCUUUCUCUCUUCUUCUUCCUCCUCACUUCACCGCCGCGCCGCGCCCCUCGUCUCGUCCCCUUCCGUCUCCUCCGUCGCUCGCGCUUCCGCCGGAGCAAGCAGGCCUACGUGAUGGACCUUGAUGGCGACCUGAUGCCGUCCUCCCCCUCCGUCGACUCCUCGCCGUCCUCCUCCGAUCUCGACACCGAGUCGACGGGGUCAUUCUUUCGGGACCGGAGCACGACGCUGGGGACGCUGAUGGGCGUGUCGGUGUUCGGCGGUGCGCAGCGGCGGGCAGCGCUGCCGAGGGAGGACAGCGGGAGGCAGACGCGGGCGGCGCCGGAGGAGGAACAGGGGCGGCGCGCGUGCGUGUGGAGACGGAGGAGGCGGCGGCGGCGGGGCGGCGGGAGCUGGUGGCGGCUGUGCCGCGACGACAACGGCGGGCCGCCCACGAGGCUCGGCGAGUUCCUGGACAUGGAGAGGCAGCUCGCCGGCGCCGAUUUCCUGUGCGACGGCGGCGGCCCGCGGGAGCCCGAGGCGGCUUCCGUGGCGGCCACGGCGCUGUUCGAGGACGGGAGAGUGCGCCCACCGCAGCCGCAGCAGCAGACAGCGGCUCCGCAGGAGGAGAGGGGGAGGUGGCGGCUGCAGAGGGCGGCGGAGGGGUCAUCGUCCUCGUCGUCGCUGGCGAGGCUGCCGGUCCUGCUCACCGGCAUCUGCAGCGGCGGAGCGGGGUAGGGACGACGGACGACGCUUACGUGAAAGCGGGGCAGAUUAAGUGCUUUCUUUAAGCAUCUUUCUCCCUUCUUUUUCUUCCGCUGUCACGGAUUCUUUGCCCCGCUUUUGUUGAUUAUUGCUUUGGCCCUACAACUCUUUGAUGCUUCUCUUCUCUCUUUUUAUCUUCUCAUUUUCCUCUACUAGAAUCAAGAGUAGAAAAUAAUCGUGUAUUAUUUAGUCUGCUCUUGUGUUGUUAUAACUCGUUAGUUUUUUUUCCGGGGAUUAUCACUCGUUCGUGUACUUCUGUAAAUAUCAAAAUUAGGCACUAGUCAGACCAUUUUAUCAAGGAACAAAGUAUAAAAGUCCCUUGUAUUAUCUGCAU